UUAUGAAGCCAAAGUACCGUCCCGAGGCUGUUCGGCUCUGUCUUCUUCUGAUUCCCAAAUAAAAACACUGAGAAACGCGGAGAAAAACGCAAGGACGGCGGGAUUUGAGUCUCGGGCUGAGUAAUGAAAGAUAAACAAGCGCUGCCUUCAUGCUCACUUUCAACAAAAAAGGAGUUAUGGAUAUAUGCGACGGCAAGAGGAGGCGAAAGGUAAGCGGCACGGCGCGGGGCUGCAGGCGCGCUGUGGCCGACAGGAUGAAGCGCGACGCAGGGAAAGUGCUCCGCUCCCUCACGGUGGACAACAACCUCCCGAAGCCCAUGGAGGAGAGCUACGACGACGAUGACGACUGCUUCUCCAUCGGCUUCCUGAAUAACGAGCGCCUGGAACCCCCCCUGCCCAGCCCUAGAUACAGCCUGCUCCGGGAGGUAGGUCGGGGCAGUUACGGGGUCGUGUACGAAGCCAUAGCGCGUAAAACGGGCUCCAGAGUGGCCGUGAAGAGACUCCAGUGUGACGCUCCGGAGAACGUGGAGCUGGCUCUGGCCGAGUUCUGGGCCCUGACCAGUCUGGAGAAUCGACACCAGAACGUGGUCCAGCUGGAGGAGUGCGUCCUGCAGCGGAACGGCCUGGCGCAAAAGAUGAGCCACGGCAACAAGAGGUCCAGACAGUACCUGCGCCUGGUGGAGACCUCGCUCAAAGGUGAGCGCAUCCUGGGCUGCCCAGCUGAACCCUGCUACCUGUGGUUCGUCAUGGAGUUCUGUGAGGGCGGAGACCUGAACCAGUACAUCCUGUCCCGCCGGCCCGACCCACACACCAACCGCAGCUUCAUGAGGCAGCUGACCAGCGCCGUGGCCUUCCUGCACAAGAACAACAUUGUGCACCGUGACCUCAAGCCCGACAACAUCCUCAUCUCUCAGAAAACUGGCGCGCCAGUACUCAAGGUGGCGGAUUUUGGUCUGAGCAAAGUGUGCGCCGCACUCAACUGUAAAAACGAGGAGUUCUGUGAGGCCGGAGUGAAAGAUGCCAACCAGAACAACAUCAACAAAUUUUGGCUGUCGUCUGCCUGUGGCUCUGACUUCUACAUGGCGCCCGAGGUGUGGGAGGGCCACUACACAGCUAAAGCAGACAUCUUUGCUCUGGGCAUCAUCAUCUGGGCCAUGUUGGAGCGCAUCACCUUCAUCGACGCAGAGUCCAAGCGGGAGCUCUUGGGCACAUAUAUCCGCCAGGGUUCGGAGAUCGUGCCGGUGGGCGAGGCUCUGCUGGAGAACCCUAAGAUGGUCCUGCACAUUCCUCAGAAGGCCCGCAGCUCCAUGUCUGAGGGCGUCAAGAAGCUUCUCCAUGACAUGCUGGCCGUCAACCCCCAGGACCGGCCCGACGCCUGUCAGCUGGAAGUGCGCAUGGACCAGGUGACUUGUGCGGCCUGAGGCCCCACCAGAGCUCACACCUCAGAGCGCACCAGCUCUGCUUACUCCGGGCUCCAGCUGAAGUGGACAGUAUAGAAGACAUUGGACAGUGAACCAUGUGGACAGUGGAUGCAGUAAAGACCAGUUCAGGCUCCUAAUGUCCUCCUGACCUGUCCCCUCUCCUCGGUGGACUCUGUAUGCUAGUUAAAGGGAUGACAUAGCCCUGCCCACAGUGCCUUCUUCACUGCUUCCUCAAGUGCGAUUGGCAGGGUGAUGUGGUGACCAGUACUAAGUACUAACUGACCAGGGCCUCAUCUAAUGUACCCUGUUAAAAGUCAGUAAAACUGCACUGUGGAACUUUUCUGGCAGCGCAUUCGCAACCUGCCUAUUUCCAUAGAGAUGUUGUAGCUUUACCUGCACUCAGUCGACUGUAUUUCAGACUCAAAUAGGUCCAUAUACAGCAGAAAAAAACUGAAAGACAAAACAUAAUGUUCUGCAGCAUGGAAUUAAACUUUUAUUUUAAACUGGCAUUUAUUAAUUUAUAGAUGUUUAUUAUUGAUUUACCUGUAACUUGGCUUGGUGGCAUUGUCACCUUGUUCUAAUGCCAUACUGUAGACAGAACAAAGCAAAACAAUAACAUCUCCAUGGAGACAAGCUGAAAAGUUGCGUAGUGCACCUUCAAAUUUUUCUAACCCUCUACUUAUUUUGUGUGCAAUAAUGAAUAGUGCUAAAUUGGAAACACAAUGCACCUAAAGGCAGUCUGAUUGAACCAAAUGAUGAGAUGACUGCUGUUAUCAGAGUUCCCACUGAACCCAAAGAAACGAUUGGACAAAUCAGCUGUGCAGAGAAUGUGCUGUACAAGAGAGGUGGGCGAUACAUACAAACAGGUAAUAUCCACACUGGUAUUUAUGAAGUAGCAUUACCAUUAUACUAAAAUACCAAACUCAAUUCCAACACUAAGGAAACAGCUCUAUACUCAAUACCACAUUAACAGCAUAGUAAAAACACUCGAUGGACUGGAAUGUCAAUUUCAACUCAAAAUAACAAUAUUCUAUUUAAAAUUAAUGUGGUCUACGAGUUUUAAUAUAAAACAAGACCUUUCUAAAACUGUUCAGGAAAGGUCACAUUUUGUCCUAUUAUAUGAUUUUAAUACUUCAGAUGAAUACUAGGUUUUGAUACUAGUUUUAGUAUUGAUCAUCUUAUCAGUUUUAUCAUAAUCACAUUUUGGGGGCUAUAAGGAAAAUGUCAAAAUUCUGCAAAAACAACAAAAACUUGAUCUUAAAGUGGACCUAUUAUGCAAAAUUGAGCUUUUAAUCAUCUUAAAAUUGUUUCCCGUCUCAUUUACUCUGUUGAAGUUGUCUUUUGUAGAGUGAUUCAUGCAUGUAUGAGUAAUCUUUAUUCUACUGUAGACAUUAUUGCUCCGAUCUAUCCCAUUUUCACCACCACAGGUACAUGCCCACUGCUCUGUACUCACUUCAUACUUUAAAUUGUACUGUCUUAAUCUGUGAUCUAUAGGAUUUGGUAGUGUCACAUAGCCAUUUUGGUACAGAUUGAAAAAAAAAUCUGCUACUCAUUAAUGUGAUGUGCAGCUAUCCAUAGGAGGGGUCGACAGCAUGCGACGCUUUGUUGUGAUAGUGUAGUUUUCAAACACAGAAGUCAGCAGACGUCUUUCUUUUAUGAAGUCAUUUUAGAUGAAUAUUGCGAUUUAAAAUGUCCUAAUUAUCACAUAAUGAUCCACGGGUGUCCUAGAUUAUAACCAUAUAGCAGAAGCACAAUAGGUCUUCUUUAAAAACAAGGGUAUAAAGUGUUGUUUCUGAGUCCAUCACCUUUGGAUAAUACUUGAAUCUAAACCAUGAGCAUAUUUCACAUGGAUUGCAAAAAUAUCAUGUGAUUGUCAUCAGUAGGUUCUAAAAAAAUACUCACUUUUUGGUCAUUAUCGCCCACCCCUCCAUGCAAUACAAUCAGUGGUGUGUAUAGUAGCCUCACAUCUGUCCAUAGAAGGGGACUGCUCUUGUAAAGAUUGUACUGUCAGUGUCCCGUGUGGCUAACACAUUGAUAUUGUUAAGGGAUCUUUCACAUUGUUUAGUCUUAACAUUUUAUACAAACCUCUUCAGUAUUCAAGACUUUGGGGAAUCUUACAGGAAAUUAAAAAGGCAGCCAUCUGGAAGUCCUGCCCCACAGCUGUGUCAGGAUGCCCCAGUGUGGGCCUCCUCAACUGGGCCAUGGUGGAGUCUGUAAAGGGCCACAGCUGGAGCUAAUGUGGGCCCUGCUUCAGUAAACUCAGGACCAGAGCCUCCUCAGCACACUGCCCUCCUCCUCACUGCAAAACAUCCAUAUCGGCAUGUGGUAGAAUGAUUUGUAUGUAGAAAUGUACUCUAGUUUGAAAUUUAAGCCUAAAAAUCAGAAUACAUUUGCAAUAGGACAAACUAGAUUAUUAACUUUUUACAUAACGUUUUGGCUGUUUUUUGACCAAAUUAAAAUUGUGUUGUCACAACACUAAAAUGUAAUUUCAACAGUGGUAGUGUUUUCUUUCAUAUUUCAUAUAGUUGUGAUCUAGCUCAAGAUCAUUCUAAAACAAUUAAGAAUAGCUCCAACUUUGACUAUUAAUGUUUUUGUCACAGUAUCGAUACUUGUUCAAAUUCAGUAUCAAAACUAGUUUUAGCAUUGAUUACUUUCUGGAUAUAGAUUUUUUUAAUGACCUUAGACUGAAAUAUGAAAAGUAGUGUAUGAAUUUCAUCUCAAUGACAUGUUCAUCUUUGCUAUUUGAAUAUCCAGUAAGUAAAUUAAGCUAAACAAAUCAAAACUACUUAAAUGAUUCAAAAUUCACAUCAUUUUACCUCAUGUCCAUAUUCUUUUUUGCACUGCAUGAUUCCCAGAGCAGCACGGCACGCUCCUCCACCUCUAGGCCUAUAGGCUAGCACUAGCGCUAUAACUGAUGAAAUGAAGUCUGACAGUUAAUGUACUAUGAACUGUUUAACUCUUUAUACCCUACCUGUACUCGGCUGGUGGGAUCUGUGCCGUGCCAUGCUCUGGUGGAGGGUUGGUUUGCUUUGGGGUGCUGCUACCUCACCCUCACUUUUCCUACAGCCUGACCACUCCAGAGGGCACAGGCCUGAUGUUCACGUCACAUUAAAGUACACUAGAGUAGUCUAAGGCUACACUGUUUACAUGUGCUUAUCCUCAGAGGUGGGUAGAGUACUAGGAGUUGUAUUUAAGAAAGACUAAAGUUACUUAAAAAUUAUAUUACUCAAGUACAAAGUGGAAAUUACUCAAGCAAGAGUGAAAAAGUUUUUGGAGAAUUACUGUUCAAGUAAGAGUAACUGUCUGAAAACCUGAUUUAAAAUCUGAAGUUAAUGUAAUUUGAAGGACAAAACUUUCAAUAAUGCACAAAAUCUGGUAUUUUCAAAUGACUAAAUCAUAUCUGAAGGAGCAGUGCAAGAAAUGCAAAUGAUCAAAUUGUUUCAUAUUGUCAACAUAAAGCUUCUGUCAUCUGAGGCUGAGGUUUGAGUUACUCAAGUAAGAGUACUGUUACACUCUACAGUCUAUUACGCAAGUAGGAGUAAAAGUGUUAUGCUUUGAAACUGCUACAGUAAGUACAAUAUUAUUAAAUAGUUACGCCAAUGAAUGUACGUGAGUAAAUGUAACUACUAAAUGUACUGCCCACCUCGGCCCAUACUGUCAGAUCCAGCUCCAAGAACACACUCCUCUUAUGUUACCUUCAGGUACUGUCAGUGAAAACCUAUGUAUUGACACAUAAACUUGAAGGCAGCAUACAUCUUCCAUAUUCACUGUAACUGACACUAACAACCUACUUUUACACAGCGGGAGUAGUAUUUAUUCUCCAAAUAUCACUGUAGUCAUUCCACCCUCACUACUGUAACUGCAGACCUCCAGAGCUGCCUCUCCUCAGCACAGAGGCAUACCCAGCCCACAGGUGCACGAGCUGGAGUCGACACGGACACGGUGAGCCCCUGUCUGACCACAAAGCACCACAACUGUUACAGACCUCAGCACCUGCUCGGUGGAGGUCAGGCUGCGCUUGUGAUCAGGUCCACAGUGCCCCUGACUCCGCCCUCACAACAGCCACACUGCCCCCCCACCCCCACCACCCUCACCCCAUUCUCCUUCAAUUGCAGUUUUUUAUGGGACUUUUGUACAGAAUGUGUAUGUACAGAAUUAUAUGUUUCACCUGUGAAUGGUUUUUGUUAUGAGCCAAUAGACGUUUGACAUGUCGAUGCUGUAAAUAUGUUUGACUUUUCUUGAAAUAAAUAAAAUACACCAG